GACGGCGUUCCGAGAUCUUCGCAUUCCGGUGUGAGAGCAGCAGCUGGACCCGGUAACACCACCAGCAACAGAAGCUGGUAGGGAUCCGGACUUUUAACAAUCAGCUUUGGUGUAAAGUGAAACGCUGUUUACGACAUAAAGUUAUGAGUCCAAAGGCAAAGUCAGCAACAUGUUUACAUCGGUGAACAGCUGCAGAGAGAACGUAAGCUAACGUUGGUAAGCUAGUUAGCAUAGCGCUCUCCAUGAGCCCGGCUAGAUGCGCUACUUCUUCUGAUAACUGAACUGGGCAUGAACCAGUUGAAGGAAUGCUGGAGGAGUUUUGUUUUUGUUUUGAUCACAAAAACAAUUCCAGGCUCUACUUUUCCCUUUGUUUAGUACUCGUGUCGCUCACUGUUUACAUGCUUUUGCCGUCCACCAUGGUGGACCCACGUGAUUAGAUGAUGUCGGUGCAAAGGGUCAAUACUGAGCCAGGAUCCUCUGGAGGUUUCUUCCUGUUAAAAGGGAGUUUUCCUCUCCACUGUCGCUGCAUGCUUGCUUAGUAUGAGGAUUGCUGUAUAGUCACUGACACUAGUCAGUGACUUGAUGCAACCUGCUGGGUUCCUUAUAUAGGAAACCUUAUUUCUGAUUGGCUUAAUGAACUGACCUGAAUUGGAAUGUUUAUUAUGUGAAGUGCCUUGAGACGACUCUUGUCGUGAUUUGGCGCUUUAUAAAUAAAGUUGAAUUGAAUUGAAGGAGUUUUGCUGUGUUGUACAGUUGCUAAUGCUAACGGUUAGCUUCUACUAGGACUGACGUGCUCCUGGAUGUUAAAUCAACAACAGCCUUCCUCAAGAUGGGUGGGUCUUUGAAUGCUAAUUUACAGGACGCAUAGAUCUGACUGACCUUUUCUGACCUGAGUGUUUCCACGUCUAGUUUCUAUCAGCGGCUAAUGAAGGAAAUGGGGCAGAAGACUAUUUCAACCUUCGGCCUGCAAACUCAGAAUGAGCAAUCGUAUUUAAAAAAUGUAUAUAUAUACUUGUCUCAGUGCACCUUACCUUUAAACCCUGUAAAGGUGUGCCCAAACCUGGUCCUCAAGAGCAUGUUUUAGUUACUUCCUGGCUCAAACAUACAGUUUUCCUGAAGCUCUGUAGGAGGUUGAUCAAAUCAGCUGUGUUUCAGCAGGGAGACAACUACAACAUGCUGGAUAGUGGCUCUCCAGGGCCAAAGGUGGACACUCCUGCCGUAAAGUAAUGAGGAAGUAGAAUGGCCCAAGCAAUGGGACUACUGCAUUUCCUUUGUCUAUUUGGCAAUAUCAAACUGCAAGAACUGGCAAGUCAAUCUGAUUGCAAGUGGAGAACAGAGAACAUGAGUGGCAGACUCAACUUCUGGGCAGAAUGAGGUGACUUUAGAGGCAUUUCUACUGCAAACUGCUCCUGAUGCACAAAUUAACAACAGCAGAGAAUCACACACUAUGAGAAGCUCAAAGAAAACACACAGCAGCUAAAAAUCUAAAAUGUUUAUAAAGAAAACCAUAAAUGUUUUGUGCUAAAACACAGAGCUGCUUGUGAUAACGUGCACACACACACACUCGCAUGUUCAGAUCUUGCUUGCCUCAUCAGAAGAAGAGGGGGCAGCUCUCUGCUGCAAUUCUUUCCCCCUCUCCGUCUGUCUCUCUCUCCCAGAAUCCCGUCUCUGCAUUGCUCCUUAAGCUGGGGAUCCAGCUGCAUCAACACAUUGCAGAGCAGCAAGCAGGAAGCCAGCUGGAGCUAGCGAGCAGAAACCCCUCAGCAGCUAGAAACAGAGAGCCUUCAUCCUCCAAAGCUAAACCUCACACACACACCUGGAGCGAGAGGACAGGACAAGAGGAUAAACGGGUCAGAUCGACACUGGAAUGAAGAGAUGUGAACAUUUGACUGACAGAAGUCCCAGCAGAGCUUCGACCAUGCCUCAGUGCUCAGUCUCUUUCAUCCUCCUGCUGCUGUGGGGGCUUCUGGGAAACUGGGUUCUGUGCAUCUGUCCAUCAGUGUGCUCCUGCAGCAGGGGUCACCGGGUUGUGGACUGCUCUUCAAGGGGUCUAACCAAGCUUCCCACCGGUCUGCAGCAUAACAUACGAUUCCUCAACCUCUCUUUCAACAGCUUGCAAGGCCUUGACAGCCAGCUCAGCCACUAUGCCCACCUGAGAACCCUGGACCUGUCCUACAACCUCCUGGAGACUCUCCCACCCGCACUGCCACGGUCCCUGUGGGAGAUCCUAGCAGCAGGGAACCAUCUCCGCUCGCUGGAUAAGAAGGACACCGCCUUUCACUGGAAUCUGAAACUUCUCGACCUGUCGUACAACGAGCUGGAGAAAGUUGUCUUCAUCAACAACACACUGCUGAGUCUUAGAUCUCUCAACCUCAGCUACAACAGGUUCUGGACUGCCCCCACAAACAUGCCUCACAACCUGGAAUGUAUCGAUUUGUCACACAACAAUCUGGUUCAGAUUCUCCCUGGAUCGCUAGAUCGGCUCCCGAGGCUGGCUAAGUUUUAUCUGCAUGCUAACCGCUUCCCCUGGUUGUCUGACGGAGUCUUCAAUAAGCUGACAGGCCUGGAGGUAAUAACUCUUGGAGACAACCCCUGGGCUUGUGAGGAGGAAGACAACAUAGCAAGGCUCCUUAACUGGGCAGAACAAACCCGUGCUGCUGUGUUGGGAUGCCCCUGUCACACUAAACCAGUCUGUGGUCAAACCUACUGGGUAGCAACAAACUCCUCUCUGUUCACAGAGCCGUUAUUGUGGGUCAACGGCAGAGCCGAAAGGCACGACAGUCAGUCACCUGCAAUGUAUAACAUUCACCCGGACAAAAGAAGUCUAUCUGAAUCUGGGGAUCAUGUCAUGUUGGUCUGGGCUUCAGCAAGUUCCCACAGUUUCUACCAACACACAAGUACAACAGCACACCCACCUUCUUCAGCCAAACCCCCCAGGGUUACUGACUCAGAACCCAGAAACCACGCAGCUCUCAUCAAGAUCCAAAUGGUCACCCUGCCUGCUGUGGUCAUGGCAGCAGCGUUCAUAACCGUCUGAACUAAUGGACUGACCAGAACCAGGUCUCAGUAGAGACAUAAACACCAAACGGAAGUAAAGUGCAUUGUAGUACCUUCAUAAGGCCGAAGGUGUGGAGCACUAACAUCAUAUUAUUGAUGACAACAUGAUUAUGAUCACAUUAUUCUACUGGACUUAAAAGAGUGCAGAAAAAACAACUUAAAUUUACAUACUGGAGCAUUUAAAUGUGAUUAAAUAGUAUUUAAAGGAGGUUAAAAACAA